AUGUCUGCCUGUGUAAAUGGCCAUUACCAAGUUGUCAAGCUUCUACUCAAAGAAAACGUCAACCCUAAUCAUCAAAGACAACAAGAUGGUGUGACUGCUCUGAUACUUGCCAGUGAAAAGGGCCAUCACCAAGUUGUUGAGCUUUUACUCAAAGAGAAUGCUGAUUCUAAUCUUCAAAAAGAAGAUGGAUGGACUGCUUUGAUGUCUGCCAGUCAAAAUGGCCAUCACCAAGUUGUUGAGCUUUUACUUAAUGGAAAUGCUGAUCCUAACCUUCAAACACAAACUGGAUGGACUGCUUUGAUGUCUGCCAGUGUCAUUCAAGCAUGUAUGGACAUCAUAACAGCAACGAGGGACAGGGGUCAACUCCCUUCUGGAAGUGGAGAUAAAGAAAGAGAGAGUGCUGAUCCAAACUUCAAACAUAACUGGAUGGACUGCUUGAUGUCUGCCAGUGUAAAUGGCCAUUACCAAGUCGUCAAGCUUCUACUCAAAGAAAAAGUCAACCCUAAUCAUCAAAGACAACAAGAUGGUGUGACAGCUCUCAAAGAAAAUGAUGAUCCUAAUCAUCAAGGAAAAGAUGGAUGGACUGCUUUAAUGUCUGAAAAGGGCUAUCACCAAGUUCUUGAGCUUUUACUUAAAGGAAUGCUGAUCCUAAAACCUUCAAACACAAAACUGGAUGGACUGCUUUGA